UCAGAUUCAAGUAAUUCAAGUGCCAUUGCUUUCGAACCAAGCGAGCGCAGCAGAGCACAGUGCGGAGGUCGGUUCGGUAAACCGUGAAACGGUGUGAAGCGAAGCGAAACCGUCGGUACCGAAAAGCAAAAAAAACCGGCUCCUCUGCUCUGCAGUUUUUCAGCUACACAAAUCCCGAGACGAGAGCGCCUUUGAAUAGCCACGAAACACAAUAUUCAUCCGAUUCUCUCUGGGUUAAAUUGGGAUUUCACGAACACGAACGAACACGUGAGCCAUCAGAGAUAGGGCGAGACACGGGACGCGAAACGAACAGAAACCGAAAGGGCAACCUGUAAGGUAGUGAAAUUCAAAAGUAAACGGAAACUAGCGAAAGGAAGCGCAUAAACUAGCAGAACCAGGUUAUAAAAUGGAAAGACGAAAGAAAUGAAAAAACUUAGGCUGUGAACAUAGAAGUUAAUCAAUUAAGAAAGAGAGCGAGAAAGAGGAGCAGAGAGACAGAGAGGGACAGCAAGCGAGCGAGCGAGCGAGCGAGCGAGAGAGAGAGAGAGAGAGAGCGACGGAGCGUGUGUAUAUGUGUUGUGUGUUUAUAGCUUUGUUUCCUACUCUUUCCAUCGUCGUCUCUGGGCUGGGGUCUCUACGGGCGGAAGUUGUUUUUAAAAGGUCGCGAAGAGUAGAGGACACAGUCCUGGUCCCCACAGGCCCCCCACCACGGCUAGAUGGUGGUUAAAGUUUUAAAAUGCAAUGGAAAGUCAAGGCAGAGUGCACAAACUCAGCUUCUCAGCGAUCUAGCGUAUGAUGCUCUAGAAGCUGCACCGAGGACACCCAUUGUGAUGAUCUUAAUUACUACAAUCAUCUCGUGCGAUCGCGAUGUCCUCGGCAACACACGGCAGUAAGCAACAAUUGUCGCUGUCGGUGUGCCUCUGUGAGUCCACUGUGCCGUGUCCUGUAGAUGCUGCUGAGCCCCGCAGUGCCCUUUCCGGUGUCUAUAUGUCUAUAUAUGUGUCCCAGUGUCCCGGCGGCAGCAGCAGCGGCACGCAGCUUUAAUCCUUAGUGUAUCCUCGAUAUGCUCUGGUGUUCCUGUUUUGUGCUUACGUACUUUAAAUUGAAUAUCACCCGAGGUGGGGAAGACAGCACAAAACCGAAGCUAAACACAGAAUAUAAUCAAACAUCCUGGAAAUCAGGGGUGAAAAAUAAGACAUCAUGCAGCAUGCACAAAAAGGCCGAACGUUCACAAACACAAACAGAAUGCUGUCAAGCUAUGAGGGGGUCACCCUUGUGUGGGCAACGUAAAAGUUACCAUCAUUAGUAGUGAAUUAAAUGUUAGUUGUAACAAUGAAGCUGAAGGUUGCAGAGUAGCGAGGUUGCAAGAAGGAGAAUAAAAAGCUAGUUCGUUAAACAGUACAGUAGAUAUUCCUUCGUUUCUUCAUCGUCGGUUACGUUGGCAGUUAGAGGGCGUGUUUAGGGCAUACCAUUAUCCCACUAAAGAACGCAAACAGCACUAAACACGAACUGCGUGUGUGAAUCUCAUUGGGUUAAGAUUUGAGGCGUGAGCAACAAACAGGAGAAACAGCCAUAAAGAAAUCCGUAUACACACCAAUAAACACAUCCAACUUUCGCAAGUCCCACAGCCUCAGCAAGGUACAGCCAAUCUUAAAACAGCGGUUUUAUCGUACGGAGUGGCAAACACCCCACGUUAGUCAAUCGGUUUACCACACAACAGCAACAGCAACACCCCUCAGUGGUUCGUAUUUUAAUACCGGCGGUUAACCGACAAAUGAGUCACAAACCCGCGGCCGCGUUUUAAACAUAUUUCAAGCAUAGGAAAUUGCAAGAGGAUGUGGUGGUACUACGGGCGUGCUAGGAAUACUGAUUUGCUAGUGUAGCGUUUAGAAACAAACACAAACUACAACGGGUUUAAAAGCUAUCGAUUCAUUCACUGUAUAGAGCGUAACGCCGGGGAAGCCGUGUACCGUGUGGCAGAUUGGUACGCAACAAAAUGUAUAUUUAUUUAAAAUA